AUGAAUAAUUUUGAGUCGAUCGAGUUGGGCGGUUUGGUGUAUCAUUUUAACAUUAGUGAUUUAGUCGAAAUGGUUGAUGAGAAUAACGUGCACAUAUCGCCGUCAGGAAGUAUUUUUUGUAAGAAAUCGGUUCGUAGAGGAAUAGUGCCGAUUAUGUUAGAAGAAAUAUUGAAUACGAGAAUUAUGGUCAAGAAAGCGAUGAAGGGCUAUAAAGACAAUAAGGUCACUUUUCUCAUUUAG